UAUUCCGAGGUUUUAGGUUGCCUUUAUUAGACAGUAAGCUCCCCCAGUGGAAACCAUGGCUACCAUUUCCUGGCUUCUCUUUGAAGCCCCUCGUGGGCCCGCAGCUGAGCAGGCGGGCAGUUGGGGAAGUGAGCAGAAUCACGACGCUGUGACCCAGCCUCUGAGGCCAGCCCCGUUUCCAGGCUCUGCGCGAGGUAGAGUGAAGCCAGCCCUCCCCCAUGGCCAUCUGGGUGGUGCCUCUUAGUGUGCUGAGCUCUGGGCUGACCUCACUGCCUGCACCCCUUCCUUCACGCCUUGUGGCAGCCCAGCAGAGAAACAAGUUGAAGCUGCAGUAUUUCAGAUCCAACUGGAAUCACAGGGAUUUCUUGUUUGACUCCUCCCUGAAAUCCUGGAAGAAUCUGGAGUCGGCAGAAGUGUACGUGUUGCAAAAAUCACAGAAUCAUGUGAGGAAUGAAAGGAAGGCCCCCUUUUUCCACCCUGACUCCAACAGUCCCGCUGCUCAAAGGACCCCAGGGACAUGGAGGGGCUCGGGAUUCAGGAUGGCUGAUGGGGCACUCAUUUAUCUGCCCCAGCCAAAUCCAAGUGGAUCAAAGAAGGAAAUAGUCUGGCAGUCCCAGAGCAGCAUGGGAAAGCUGAGAAAUGGAAAACUAGGGAGAGAAUCUGCAUAAGACAUAAAGGUCAUGGGACAGACAGACAAUGAAACCCACAGACCAAGGGACCCACACCCCAUGCAGGAGGGAAAGGAGGCCCAAACCCCUGAACCUUCCUAGGAGGACAGCACUAGGUGAGAGGCUGCAGGGUGGGCACAGGCCAAGGACAUCUGAGUAAUUAACAGUGUCAGGGUGAGCAGAUUGACUGUGUCCCACCCUUCCUCCACCAAACACCACUUGGCAUUGAAUUCCAUGUUUGCUUGGAGGUCAAGGCGCAAGAACAGCUAAAUGGAGUUCUGAAACUGCGUACUAGGCCAGAGAAAAAGGGCAGCACCCCAGGUAACUUAAGCGUCCCAUAGGGAAGCAGAACCCUUUACUCAGAAAAUCAGAUCCACCAGCUCCUCUUGGCCACAGGCCUCUUUCACUUGCCCACAUGUCACAAUUACUGUAGAUAGGGCUCUCCAGCACAAAGAUUUCUUGCAUGGCUAAGCCAACAGGAAUUCCCACUUAGCCUGAGGAAGAACAUUCUAGGAAACAACAAUUUUGUCCAGAUCCCUCCCCGCACCAUCUUCAAAUAUGAAGAGACAACCAAGAAACACUAAAAAUGCAAUAAUCCAAUGCACCAAAAGAGAGACACCAAACUCGACAAACAAAAGAACCAACACAGGAGGCCGAUGAAGUAAUGCUGUAAACAGAAGAAAAAGGUAAAACAGCUGUACUUUCUAUUUCCAGGGAAAUUUGAGAGGACAUCUAUUUUUUAAAAGAAACAGGUUCCUGAGAAAAGGAAACCUUUUCGGUUUUGAAAAUUGCCAACUUGAUGGACAAAUUCUGAAACCACUAAUUAGCAGAUUGAAUAAUGAGGGGAAUACAGUGACCUGGAAGUUCUUGACAAAGGAGUUUCCUGGAACCCAGUGCAAAAGCACAGAGAGAUGAAAAGGAAGAAAAGAAAGGACCUCUGAGCUGAAGAAGAUGGAAAUGUUUAGACUACAAUGUCCCAGUAGCUUUGGGUAGCAAGGAUGAAAAAUUGGCACGUGCCUGGUGAAAUGUCUAAACUCUAAGAAUGGAGGUAGGUUUGUACAUUAAAUGUCCACUAUAACUCUUCAAUUUAUAGGUUACCUUGGCCUUCAUUCAUC